UGGAGCCGUGAUAAGAGUGGAUCGUGACUGACGAAAUACUURGAUGACAGAACAAGAGUCAUAAGUAAAGGAUUGUUCAUUCAAUUGUACUUAACCCUUUCGGAUUUGAUAUAUCAAAACGCUCACGUUUUCAGCUGCGGUGAUUCAGAUCCGGUCAAAAAAAUGCCCAUGCUAUCACGUAUGAGUUACAACUUGAUAUGGGUCAGCAUAAAGCCGACGUUAAGGUUGAGAUUCUCAUUAUUGGAUUCAAAAAAGUGACACAGCAUCAUAUUUUCUCUUUUGUUUAUAGCUGGGAUCAAUGGAACUGAACCGAUCAGUAACGAGUAGAAAUGAUGGAAGUGAGCAUUCCCAAAUAGAUCGAAGGCAACGACAGCUACGGCGAAGGCGUCGAAGGAGAGUGAUCAACAGUACAUUGAUAUGUAUAGGAAUUAUCCUGAUCAUUGGAUGCUUCGUUAUGGCUUCAUAUUCUUACGUUUUUCUGGAGGAUUGUAAAGAUUGUUCUUCGCAACGAGAGGUCGAUGUUGCUAAGGUCUUUCGGUUUUUGUCGGCUGGUCUAUUUUUAAUCGGGGUUUUCAUGGUGGCUUUUUCUUUAUGUACUUAUCAGGGAAAACACUCCGAAACAUUUGGAAAUUCGGAUUUGAGAAGAGUCUCUCUACAGACUGUCGCCUGUGUUAUUUCAGAGACCGCAAUGGAAAAAUCUCCUUCAGUAUUUUGUGGCGCUUACAGUAAUCCAGGAUUAAAUUGCAGCAUUUCGGACUUGACUGAACCAGUUCCUGAAAUGACAAGUGGUGCUCAUGAUCAUGUAAUAGCAGUUAGUUGCUAUAGAAACAGUGGAAGUGAAGUCGAGGCUCCAACAUCAAGAGGGAGAUUGUAUCAUAACUUUCUUGAACUCAGAGCGGAUGAAGACUUAAUCAACCCGCCACCAUCUUAUCAAGAAGCUUUGAGUAUGCAAAUUCGUGGACAAUCCCUAAAAAGUAGUUAGGAUCAGAUUAAGAUUCAUUACGCUUGCUAUUAACGUCAUAUGAGCUCUAGGACCUCCCUAAGAGCUUCAGACACGACAGAUCUAUUUACUUUCUACGUAUUUUAGGAGUCGCAUUUUCUCAGCUUAAAAAUAGUACAUAGCGGAAUGGAUGAGAACCAUGCAUCGCGUUUGCUAUAACGUCAUUGCCUGAGUUCGGGGACCUCGCUAAGGAUUGCCGCAGACAGCACAGAUCUAUCAGUUGACUUUCUACGUAUUAUAGUCGCAGUUUCCUUAAAAAAAUAGUACUUAUGGGAAUGGAUGAGAACCCUGAUUGCGUUUGCUAUUAACGUCAUUGCCUGAGUUCUAGACCCUACCUAAGAACUGCAGACACGACGGAUCUACUGACUUUCUACGUAUUAUAGUCGCAUUUCCGUUUAAAAAAAGUACUUAGCGGAAUGGAUGACAACCAUCGCGUUUGCUAUCAACGUCAUUUCCUAAGUUCUAGGCCCUCCCUGAGCUGCAGACACGACAUAUCUAUUUACUUUCUUAUUGGCAUUUUAGUCGCAGUUUCUUGUAAAAAAAGUACUUAGAUAGCGGAAUGGAUCGGAUUAGAACCCUGAUUGCGUUUGUCAUUAACGUCAUUGGCUGAACUGCAGUCACCGUUUGGCUGGCGUUUCGUUUGCAUUUCUACUUUGGAUUUCAUCGUAGUAUUUUCAUGGGAAAAAAGAUAAAGUGAAGAUGGAUAAGACGACCUACUACUGUCGCUAUUUUAACUGCCGGAUUAUCUGAGUCCGCUUUACCAUGCAGUUCUUCCUAACGUUUAAUUACAGACAGCGAGCAACAAUGCAGCGAGAAAACUCAAGCCCCCUCGCCGCGAUCGACAGUGAGCGCUCCUAAGGAAGGGCUCUCAAGAACUGAAGGAACAAAAAUUGGUACUAAAUUCAGUUUGAUACGACCCGGCAGAUAAUUCCUUGGUGUGUUGUUUGUUUCGUUGCAGCUGAACAUUGUUGUCGUACAGACUCUGUACYCCUGGUGGAAACUGUUUAGCUCAAAAUGACGGAAAAAAAGAAAAAAGCCUUMGUCAUGAUGCACUAUUCUAAAAAAAAUUUAGCAAGCUUUUCCGAGAAGACUAUACGAAAUAUGCACCUCUAUGYACUCUCAGGGUCUUGAAUUCAAUAUCGCACUCUCGUUUUGAAUUCAAACCAGCAUUCAAACCAGUAUAUUUCAUAUUUUUURUUCCAUCAUUUUUUUUGUUUGUAAAUAAACGAAAUAGAAAACAAUGCGUGGCAUUCGCUGAUUUGCUUCGGUCAGGUUUUAAACAAAGUUUAUGAAUUCUCAGAAGACAUACAGUCGUUCAGUAAUAUUUCAUUAGUCAAAACAGUUACCAUGCCGUUAGUACGGAAAUGCCAUUAUAAUGCCAGCAGGUGCCAUUAUCGGAUCAAUUAUAAUUUUGUGUUGCUCUCUCAAAAACAUAUUGGAAAAAUCGCGUGUCUUCUCGUGGAUAUUGAAAAUGUCAUGGAAAAACAUGRUUAAUAAUCAACUGAAUUAUCCUCAGGGAUUUCCUUUUGAUAAAUAUAUGAACAAAUGAC